AUGAGCGGCCGAAGUCGGGGUAGAAAGUCCUCCCGCGCCAAAAGCCGGGGCAAAGGCCGCGCCAAAGCCAGAGUCCGCGCAGCUCCUGGUGACGCCCCCCACGACCCGGAUGGUCCCCAGUUCCAGAGGCUCGAGGAGGAAACCACGGCAGCACAGGUGCAGGCUGGCGCGGGUUGGGGUGGCCUGGAAACCGCUGCGCCCGCGCCGCCCUUCCGGCCCGGGGAGGAGGCUGCCUGCUGGCUCCCCCUGGACUGUGGCCUCGCGCUCCGGGCCCGAGCGGCGGGGGAUCGCGGGCAGGGCGAGCCCAGGCCCGGUUCGGGGAAGGCCACAUUCCUCUCAGAGCGCCUGGCGACAGACACUGUCUUCGUAGGAACCGUGGGAACUGUGGGAAGGCCGAAAAAUGGCCCCCGCGUUGGAAAUCGGCGUGGGUCUGCUGGGAAGAAGACCCCAGAAAACUGUAGCACAGUGGGGAAGGGGCCUCUGGCCAUAGCCGGUGGGAAGCCAAAGAAAGGGACAUCUGGGGAGUGUGCAUCCGCCCCGGUGGUAGAGGAAAAUGAGGCGGAGAAGGAUGCAGGCUCAGGGCCCCCGGCGACGGAUGGCAGCAUGGAUACGCUGGAGACCGUCCAGCUGAAGCUGGAGACCAUGAACGCCCAGGCAGACAGGGCCUACCUUCGGCUCUCACGCAAGUUUGGGCAGUUGCGACUGCACCACUUAGAGCGCAGGAACCUCCUCAUUCAGAAUAUCCCGGGCUUCUGGGGUCAAGCUUUUCAGAACCACCCUCAGCUAUCAUCAUUUUUGAACAACCAAGAUAAAGAAGUACUCAGCUACUUGAACAGCUUGGAGGUGGAAGAGCUUGGCCUCGCCAGAUUGGGCUACAAAAUCAAGUUCUACUUCGGGCGCAACCCCUAUUUCCAAAAUAAGGUGCUCAUCAAGGAAUAUGGGUGUGGUCCUUCAGGUCAGGUGGUGUCUCGUUCUACGCCAAUCCAGUGGCUCCCAGGGCAUGAUCUCCAGCCCCUAAGCCAGGGGAACCCAGACAACAGCCGCAGCUUCUUUGGGUGGUUUUCGAACCACAGCUCCAUUGAAUCUGACAAGAUUGUCGAGAUAAUUAACGAAGAACUGUGGCCCAAUCCUCUGCAGUACUACCUUAUGAGUGAAGGAGGCCGAGUGGAGAAAGGAAAGGAGGGCAGGCAAGGCCCAGCAAGGCAGCCAGUGGAGACCCCUGAGCCCGGGGUAAACAAAUCCAGCUGACUU